UCUUUCGCUACUACCAUCAACCAACCGGCCGAAGCAGAGGAACAAGCAGAAUGUCUCAUCAAACCGGCAUCCAGGCUACCGGGGAAGUGAAAGAAAUCUUUGCAAAGGCUCGGAAUGGUGACUAUCGGCUGAUCAAAGUAGCGAUUGAAAAUGAGAAACUAGUUCUUGGCGGAUGCAAACGAGCUGCCAAGAAAUGGGACCAAGAAUGGGACAGCUAUGUUCUACCACUUGUGGAGGAUGACAUGCCCUCAUACCUUCUCUACAGGUUGGACACCACCAAUAACCAGGGUUAUGAGUGGAUCUUUCUGGCCUGGUCUCCAGACCGCUCUCCAGUUCGACAAAAGAUGUUAUAUGCUGCUACGAGGGCUACGCUGAAGAAAGAGUUUGGUGGUGGCCACAUUAAAGAGGAGAUUUUUGGCACUCUAAAGGAUGAUGUCUCUCUAAACGGGUAUAAAAAGUACCUCACCUCCCAGACAGCGCCUCUCCCCCUGACAGCAGCAGAAGAGGAACUAAGGCAAAUCAAACUCAAUGAGCUGCAGACAGACAUCCACGUUGACACAAAGCAGCAGACUCUUCAGGGUGUGGCAUUCCCCAUGCAGAGAGAAGCUGUUCGGGCGCUGGAGCAGUUCAGGGAGAAGAGGAUUAACUACGUUCAACUGGAAAUCGAUUUUUCUAAAGAAUCCAUCAAGUUGUCCAGCACAACACCUACGGAAUUGAGAGACCUGCCGAAAAGGAUCCCUAAAGACGCGGCGAGAUAUCACUUUUUCCUCUACAAACACUCCCAUGAAGGAGACUACCUUGAGUCCACAGUGUUCAUCUACUCAAUGCCUGGUUAUAAUUGUAGCAUCAAAGAGAGAAUGCUGUACUCAAGCUGCAAAAAUCCUCUCAUAGACACAGUGGAGAAAAACUUAGGCAUUGAAAUCGCUAAAAAGUUGGAGAUUGACAAUGGUGAUGAACUGACUAGUGAUUACAUGUACGAAGAGGUCCAUCCCAAGCAGCAUGCGCACAAGCAAGCCUUUGCCAAACCCAAGGGGCCAACUGGGAAGAGGGGUGGUCGAAGAAUCACACAGGCGCCAGGGGAUGGCGGCAAUAACAAUUAAACCACUUCCACCGCCUAUUCCGAGAUUGACAAUGGUACAUUCCACCUAGUCAAAUGAAACCCUGUCCUUGAACCGAAUCUCCAGUUUACCUUGAUUCAAGUAGACCACAGCCCUGUAGACUGAUCUAUGCACAAAGUAAAACACUAAGCCUGUGAAAUUAAAUUUUGUAGCUUGCAAUAUGAAGAAGACAGAUUGUGGUACACAAGACUGUAUUCACCAAGCUUUCACUUGCAUUCAAGGAUGCCAUCUGUGAUGUUCCUGGAAAUAGUUUUAACACUAUUACACUGUUUACUUUUUUUAAUAUUGUUGAAAUAGACACUGCAUCUAGGGCUUUCUUUCCAGAAUUAUACAUUGAUUGCUCUAAAGGAUGAUUUUCGAGAAAAACCUUCAUGUCCUAGAGACUGAUUUCCCAUAAACAGAUAUUUAGUCUAGCCCAGAUAUAAAUUGCACUUUCAACGGUAGCUUUCCAAUAAAAUUUCAUUUUAGCUGAGGACUAGGGUUAAUAUUUGUCUGACAGAUUAGCCUCAGAAUAGGGUAGUAUAUGUCAAGAUUAGGCUUUAUUAAUAUUUGGAAAACUAGCCCUGAAAGUUAAACAGUCUUAAUGGCAGGUCUUAACUUGAGUCCAUGAAUCUUGCCCUAUGUGAUUUAACAACCCUGAUCAGGAAGGGCAGAAGUUCAGCUAUGUUUUAUGAGUCCCAAGCAUUAUUAAUUAACUUUCUGAUUUAUUAGGUCAUAAAACAGUUUGAUGUUCCAGUUGAAAAUCAGAGGGCUUUCUUAAACAGUGACCAGAGAAGUUACAUCAGAACUAAGUUUAUCAGUAUUCUGACUGCCUCUGAAGCAAUUUCGAUGAAGGAUUUACCGAAAGAGAAGUGCUGAAAAUUUUGCAAUACCUUUAUACCUUUUUUAAAUGUAUAUUAAGUCUUAAAAGUUAAUCUUGUGAUUUUUAAUGGAGGAAUGUUUAAUUAUAGAGAGAGGAUUAUAGAGUUUGUAGAAGAACCAAUCAUAACACAGAAAUCAGAAAUAAUGAUGCGCUCUGCAUCUUAGCUAUUUUCACGUUCUUUUAGUGAAGACUAAACCUGCAGAGAUACUAUUUUUCUAAGCCUGUACGACUGUAUUUCCAGAUAAUGUUGUUGUCUAACAUAUUGAAUUGAGUGUCCAUGGUUUCAAGGGUUUAUAGCCAUCUUUUCUGUUUAAGCAAAUGUUUACAUGUCAACUAAUGGCUGGCCUUUAUUAUAUGCCAUUUGCAACCGCUUUAUUUUAAUUAGCAUCUCAUUUGGGCUGCUGUUGAAGCCACUCAUAAGGGAAGGGAAUACAUGACCCAGAGUACCAUCUACUGACUUACAACAGGCAAACCACUACUAACAUGUCUCCUAUGUGAGGGUAUUAUGAAGUCUUCAGGAACAUUGUAGUUCAAAGUCAUAAAUGUCUUUUUUCUAUGCAUUGUGUAAGAAAGGGUGAGAGAAAAAUAAAAAAAGAUUUGAAGAUA